UGCUGCUGCUCUCUUACGUCCCGGCGGUGAGCAGAGAGCUGGCCGCGGCGGAGAUUUCUCCUUCAUGCUCGGAUCUUAUCAUUUGUCCAACCUUUUCUAGUCAUUAGUGCGCUCGGGGCGUGUAAAAAGACCAGCGUUACUCGGCACACCGGCGCGUAAAACAGCGCAGAUCCAUUCUCCCGAGCCUGCGCCUCCGCGGUAAUGGAUUGAUUUCACAGUGUUGGGGCUUUUUUUUUUUCUCCUCUCAACCUCAGCUUCGACCAACUUGAGAAAACAGUCUCUUAACCUGCGGCUCUCCUCUCCCCCGGCCCCCACCCCCCCUCCAGCUACAUGUUUCAUCCGGCCAGUUUUCAAACUACCUGGCUCCGGAUGUCUUUGCGCAUUUUGGGACUUUGAACUUUUUUUCUCCCCCUCGUUUGUGCAUUUGCAGGAGGCGAGCGCGGAUUUUUCUGAGGAUUUAUAUGUGCACAGCUCUUCUUCUCCGGGGGUUCCUGAAGCCUGCAAAGAUUUAUUUGUGAAAAGUGAUGGCCGAGCGGGGAGCUCUGUGGCUCCUCUCUCUCCUCUGUCUCACCUUUCUCCUCCCGGAGAGCAGCGCGGCCAGGCAUGCCGACAAAGGUUCAGCAGCGAACCCCUUCAGCCCUUUCUGGUUCACGGUGGAGCCCCAGGACACGCUGGCCAGCCGGGGGAACUCUGCACUGCUCAACUGCUCAGUACACAGCGACGCGGCCACGCCGGCGCGCAUCGAGUGGAAGAAGGACGGCACUUUCCUGAGCCUGAUUUCGGACGAGAGGCGCCGCAUAUUGCCCGAUGGCUCGCUGCUCUUCAGCCACGUGGUCCACUCUAAGCACAACAAGCCAGACGAGGGCAUCUAUCAAUGCGUCGCCACCAUCGACAGCCUGGGGUCCAUUUCCAGCCGCACAGCCCGCCUUUCUGUAGCAGGGACGCCCAAGUUCGCCAGCCAGCCGUCACCCGCCACCGUGCAUCUAGGAGACAGUCAGGUCAUGUCCUGCGAGGUCAACGUGGAUCCGCUGCCGUUUACCCGCUGGGAGAAAGACCGACAGCCGCUGGAGCUGAGCAGCAGGUUGAUCCAGCUCCCCAGUGGAGCUCUGGUCUUCAGCAACGCCUCGGAGGCCGACGCCGGCCUCUACCGGUGUCUGGUGGAGAGUGUGGGCUCCUCCAAGACGAGCGACGAGGCUCAGCUGCAGACGGUGCCAGAAACCGGAGAAGAGAGGAAGCUGGAGUUCCUGGUGCAGCCUCUCUCUGUGGCCAAGGUUGCAGGUUCCAGCGUGUUGCUGCCGUGUGUGGCCUCUGGUUUCCCCGUGCCGCACAUCCGUUGGAUGUUUGGAGACAAGCUGCUGGAGGAAAGCGAGGGUCGCGUGGAGGUGGUGGGAGGAGGCAGUCUCCAGAUCUCCAAUCUCACUGAGGAGGACGCCGGCGUCUACACCUGCGUGGCAGAAAAUUCCAACACCAGCGCCGAGGCCCAGGCCCAGCUCACAGUUCAAGUUCCUCCAGAGUUUCUCAAGCGGCCGUCCAACAUUUACGCCCACGAGUCGAUGGACAUCGUCUUUGAGUGCGAGGUUUCAGGCUCCCCAGCUCCAACGGUGAAGUGGCUCAAGAAUGGAGACGCUGUCAUUCCCAGUGACUACUUCAAAAUUAUUAAGGAGCACAACCUGCAGGUCCUGGGCCUGGUCACGUCCGAUGAAGGUUUCUAUCAGUGUCUUGCAGAAAAUGAUGCAGGAAAUAUCCAGUCAAGUGCCCAGCUCAUCAUCUUGGAUCACGACGUAGCCCUGCCCUCCUUCCCUCCCCCCUCACUGGCUCCUAACACUACUGACCAUGUAACGCCAGGCUCCGGAGGUGUAGCCGGUCCGGCGGGGCCCACCCCCUCCGCCCCGCGGGACGUCGUGGCCUCCCUGGUCUCCACCCGCUUCAUCAAGCUGACCUGGCGCCAACCGGCCGAGCCGCACGGAGACGAUUUAACCUUCUCGGUUUUCUACAGCCAGGACGGCAUGAGCAGGGAGCGGGUGGUAAACACCAGCCGACCAGGGGAGAUGCAAGUCACCAUCCAGAACCUCAUGCCAGACACCAAGUAUCGCUUCAGGGUCGUGGCUCACAACAGCAACGGGCAAGGCGAGAGCUCGGCAGCGCUCAAAGUGGCCACCCAAGCUGAAGUGCAAGUGCCGGGCCCUGCUCCGAACCUGCAGGCGGUGUCCAACACGCCAACCUCGGUGGCUCUCACCUGGGACAAACCUCUCACCGGCAACGGAGAGAGUCUCACCUACAAGUUGUACUACACAGACCAAACCGUUGGUAACGAGCAGGACGUUGACAUAGACAGUCAGUCUUACACCUUGACCGGGCUGAAGAAGAACGCGGAGUACAGUUUCCGCGUGGUGGCCAACAACAAGCACGGCCCGGGAGUCUCCACGGAGGACAUCGUCGUCCGCACCCUGUCUGACGUUCCUAGCGCUCCUCCGCAAAACCUCACCGUGGAGGUCCAGAACUCCAAGAGCAUCAUGCUUCGGUGGCAGCCCCCACCCCUGAGCGGCCAGAAUGGGGAGAUCACCAGCUACAAGAUUCGCUACCGGAAAGGAUCCCGGAGGAGUGAGUCGGCUGUCACCACUGCAGGGACGCAGCUUUACAAGCUCAUCGAUGGUCUGGAGCCCGGGACAGAGUACUCCUUCAGGGUGUCAGCCAUGACGGUGAACGGCACCGGACCGGCCACCGAGUGGACCGCAGCGGAGACGUUUGAGAGUGAUCUGGAUGAAUCCCGAGUACCGGACCAGCCCAGCUCGCUGCACGUGCGGCCCCUGGUCAACAGUAUUGUGGUGAGCUGGACGCCACCGGAGAACCAGGAAAUAGUGGUGCGUGGCUACACCAUCGGCUACGGUAUUGGGAGCCCCCACGCUCAGACCAUCAAAGUGGACUACAAGCAACGCUACUACACGAUCGAGAACCUCGACGCCAGCUCCCACUACGUGAUCACGCUGAAGGCCUUCAAUAACGUGGGGGAAGGGAUUCCGGUUUACGAAAGCGCCAUCACCAGACAGCAGUCAGACCCCAUAGACCCCGACGUUGACCUGUACGAACUCUAUCAUGCUCCAUACACCCCAGUACCAGACCCUACUCCCAUGAUGCCUCCCGUGGGUGUUCAGGCCGCCGUGCUGAGCCACGACACCAUCAAGGUGACCUGGGCCGACAACUCGCUGCCCAAGAACCAGAAGAUCACAGAUAACCGCUUCUACACCGUGAGAUGGAAGACCAACAUUCCCGCCAACACUAAGAUGAAGAUGGCCAACACCUCCAGCCUGAGCCACAUGGUGACCAGUCUGAAACCCAACACGCUGUACGAGUUCUCUGUCAUGGUGACCAAAGGCCGCCGCACCAGCACGUGGAGCAUGACGGCCCAGGGCACCACCUUUGAGUCGAUACCCAGCUCAUCUCCAAAAGAUGUGACUGUUGUAAGCAAAGAGAACAAACCUCGCACCAUAAUUGUCAACUGGCAGCCUCCUUCAGAAGCCAAUGGAAAAAUCACUGGCUAUAUAAUCUACUACAGUACAGACGUUAAUGCCGAGGUCCACGACUGGGUAAUAGAACCGGUGGUGGGCAACCGCCUGACGCACCAGAUCCAGGAGCUGACCCUGGACACCACCUACUACUUCAAGAUCCAGGCCCGAAACUCAAAAGGCAUGGGCCCCAUGUCUGAGGCCGUGCAGUUCCGCACCCCAAAGACUGAGUCCUCUGACAAAAUGGCUAAUGACCAAGCCUCAAAUAUUCCAGCAAAGCCAGGACCUCCCCACCCAAAUAUAAACGGCCCUUGGACGCCACUUGGUAAAUCAGACGGCAACAGUGAAAAUCCCAUAGUUGUCAUUGUCAUCAUUAUCUCGGUGGGAGCCUUCAUCAUCAUAGUGGUGGUAGUGGGGGCUUUCCUGUGCACGCGGCGCACCACGUCCCACCAGAAGAAAAAGCGAGCUGCUUCAAAGUCCUCGAACGGCUCCCACAAGUACAAGGGCAACUCCAAAGACCUGAAGCCGCCCGAUCUCUGGAUUCAUCACGAGCGGCUGGAGCUGAAACCGAUGGACAAGUCGCCAGAUCCCAACCCUGUGAUGACCGAGACGCCCAUCCCCCGCACCUCGCAGGACAUCACUCCCGCCGAAAGCAGUCUGGAGAGCAACCCCCACCUGCAGCAGAGGCGCAACUCCUACCGUGAUGGUGAUGGAUCAGUCAACAAAAACAACUGCAGACCCUCUCUGAUUGGCUGGUUUCCACCGUACCUUUUAGGCCACGAAUCAGAGGACAGCUUGUCUACACUAGCAGGCCGCCGAGGGAUGAGGCCUAAAAUGAUGAUGCCUUUUGACGCACAGCCGCCUCAGCCUGUGAUUAGCGCUCACCCCAUCCAUUCCCUUGAUAACCAUCAUCACCAUUAUCACAUGGGCAGUUUGGCAUCACCAACGCGCGGCUACCUCUACCACCAGGGCAGCGGGCACCUACGCUCGCACACCUGCACCCCGCUCUCCCAUCUAGACAGGGUGGACUCCACAGAGUCGGUGAGGAACACCCCCAGCUCGGAGCCCCUUCCUCCCGCCGCCGCCUCCUCCCAGGCCUCCUGCCCCUCCGAGAUCCUGGCCGACCCUGAAGGCAGCUACCACGGCUCCACCACCACGGAGGAGGAGGCCAGCUACUCCAGCAACCUGCCCCCGCACCGCUCGGCCCACCCGCACGCCCACGCCCACCCGCUCAAGAGCUUCGCCGUUCCUGCCAUCCCAGUCUCCGGCCAUCCGUCGUACGAGUCCCCCGCCCUGCCCAGCACGCCCCUGCUCGCCCAGACAGGGGCUCCCACUCAUCCCCACGUCGUGAAAACAGCCUCCAUUGGAACGCUAGGAAGGACACGAAUACCGAUGGUGGUCACUGUGCCGAACGCACCGGACGUGCCGGAGACCAGCAGGAUGCUUGAGGACGUGGACAGCGUGCUUGCCUCCCUCGCCCCAUGCCCCUCCCCCGCCCCCCGCAGUAACCCUGUUCCUCUCCCUCAGAGCUACGAGCCCGACGAACUGACCGAGGAGAUGGCCCACCUCGAGGGCUUGAUGAAGGACCUGAACGCCAUCACCACCGCGCCGUGAACACGCGCUCACUGCGAUGUGCACACACAAGACACACCUCCUCCGUCAUUCACACGCACACAGAAAGCCACACAACUCCCGAGUCAAACAAACACACCCCGACAUAAACACUCUGGAGCCAGAGGGGCCGGUGGACACGAAACGGCUUCGCGUGCCCCUCGGAAACUCUAAUCCCAGCCCACCCUCGCCCGAAACCCCCAUCCUAACCUACCGCACCCUCGCAGAGAAAAGAGAACCUCCAGACUGAAUUUUUUGGGAACUUCUUUCGGCUCACCACGCUCGGUCUCAGGAGGGAGAUCGAGAGGGAAGAAGAAUGAGACACUUCAUCUAUUAUGAAGGACCGUUCUCAGAAACAAUGAACUUUUGAACAUUGGUCUCUCUUUCUACCGGAAGAUUGUGAAUUUUUCUUUUCCUCAGCAAAAAUCUGUACAGUAAGGUGUUUGAGCUGGAUCGUUGCUCAAGACGAUCGAUUCAAAGUCAAGUCAAAAGGAAGAAGUCCAAAAACAUGCUGGUUUCGAUGUUGGUGCUCGUGCAGCACAAUCUACACACAGUGUUUGUUUGAUUAGUGUUUUCUUUGUGCAUCUCGUGUAUCUAUUGGGCCGUUUCAGUGAAGUGAACAUUGGAUAUCAGCCCCCCUUUACAAGCCUCCAUUAUUCUUUUUUUUUAUUUGUUAUUCUUUUACCCCUUUGUGUCAUAUAUUGUGCCAUGACUUUCUAUUGUUUACUAUGUUACCGUUUUUUUUGUUUUUUUUUUACACACAUAUCCUUAUGAACAUGUACAUAUGUUUUAUUUUUCAAGCUGCCUCAUUCUUUUGUUUCCCAUAUCAUAAUUAUUAUUAUUAUUAUUAUUAUUAUUGUUAUUAUUCUGAAUGGAAGUGGGAUUAAAAAUGAGUCCUGUAGCCUGGCUUUCAUAUCGGUGGGAGAGAAGCGUGAUGCGUUUUUACAGUUCAUUCGUUUUUAGCGUAUUGUUGCCCACUUUGUACAUGAAAAUGCUUUUCAGUCUUUCCGUUUGUUGUGGGAGCUCCGUUUUGAAAGCCUUACCAACGUGUUUGUAUGUUGGACCAUGGAGAAAACCCGACGUGGUGCUGUCACCGUAGCUUCUGCAUCGUUAUGUGGGACUUGGCAGUACCUCCUCACAGGUCAGGGGUACCUCGGACUCAGGGCGCUUACCCCCAUACCUUUCCUAAAAGAAGAAAAUCAAUCAAUCAGCUACAACUGACAAGCAAUCUUUUAUACAAGUUCAAUUGAAUGUGUUUUAAGAAAACCAAUAUUUGGUUUGAGACAUGUGUCCUGCUGAACCACGUGGGCAUUUUCCUGCAGCGGAGGGAUGUUUUUUUUUGUUUUGUUUUGUUUUUUUCUAGCUGUUACUCACCGGAUGUCACACCGUGGUUCUCUUACAAAUCUUUUAAAAUGCAAAGAUGUUGGCCUUUUAAAAGGGACUCCCAGAUUUCUUUUUUUUCUUUUUCUUUUUUUUUUACAUGGUAGGUUUUGUAUGAAGAAAAAAAAAAGCUUGUUCUGCACACAAAUCUGCUGUUAAAAAGGAAGAAAAAAAAGUUCAUCUAAGAAAAUAGUUUUUCAUUGCCCUCUUACCCAAAGAAAUUUGUCAUUUGCAAUCAAAAGGAUUUGCUCUACUUUUGUGAAUACCAUGUUUCUCAUAAAUGUACAUUGUCAUGAAUGUUAGUAUAACUGUAAGAGAUUUUAACUAUGGAGACACACAAGCGACGCAUUUUGGGGAGAGAUGAUUAAAAACAGGUGGGAGAAAAGGACGGGACUCCAUUUGGGAAACGAUCUAUUGAGUUGUAAACAGUUGAACCUGUAUUGCACUUUUUCACAAUUUUUGGAAAGUACAUUUCUUACAUAUCUUGUGUUUUAAAUAUGGAAAGCCGUUUGUGUAACGUAGUGUCCUAGGUAAGCAGCAGGCAGCUGGUCUUGUUUUUUAUGUUUAUUAUUUUGCUUCAGAGAUGAUAUGAAGUGAGGAGCCGAGUUGUUUCGCCCGGCAGCUCACGAUGAGGAAUUCUGUUGUUCUGCUUGUUCAUGUACAGAACUUUCUUUGCUUUCUGUAGAAGAAAAAAAAAUCUGUGGCUUUUUAAAAAAUGUUGGAAAAAAAAUGACUGAAAAAAAAAUGUUUUUUUUAUUGGUGCUCCUAUACAUUGUGUAUACAAACUAUUAUGAAUACUAACAAAGUAAAUGUUUCUGCUUGUC